GUCCAAUCAAUGGCCCCUUGGCUGUCGUCACGGUUUAAGUAUUUGCGUGUUUCCGCCGCUCUACAGUUCUUUGUGAUAAUGUCGUCUGAACAUGAAGAUAGACCUAGAGAUAAUGGCCCUGAGGGGAUGGAGCCAGAUGGUGUCAUUGAGAGUAACUGGAAGGAGAUCGUUGAUAGUUUUGAUGAUAUGAACCUACGAGAGGCUCUUCUGAGAGGAAUCUAUGCUUAUGGUUUUGAGAAACCUUCAGCCAUUCAGCAGAGGGCAAUUCUCCCUUGUAUCAAGGGGUAUGAUGUCAUUGCACAGGCUCAGUCUGGAACAGGAAAGACUGCCACAUUUGCCAUCUCCAUUCUGCAACAAAUUGAUGUGGAGCUGAAGGCUACACAGGCUAUGGUGCUGGCCCCAACCAGAGAGCUAGCCCAACAGAUUCAGAAAGUAGUCCUGGCUCUCGGAGACUACAUGGGUGCUACCUGCCAUGCCUGCAUUGGUGGAACCAACGUCCGUAAUGACGUUCAAAAACUUCAGGCUGACGUACCCCACAUAGUGGUUGGGACGCCCGGUCGUGUUUUUGACAUGCUGAACCGCAGAUAUCUAUCCCCUAAAUAUAUUAAGCAGUUUGCACUCGAUGAAGCAGACGAAAUGUUAAGCCGUGGUUUCAAGGACCAAAUCUAUGAGAUCUUUCAAAAAUUGGCCACAGACACUCAGGUGAUUCUUUUGUCUGCCACAAUGCCUCAAGAAGUGCUGGAGGUGACCACAAAGUUCAUGAGGGAUCCUAUUCGUAUCCUGGUCAAGAAAGAAGAGCUGACCCUAGAGGGUAUCCGCCAGUUCUACAUUAACGUUGAGAAAGAGGAGUGGAAGCUGGACACACUGUGUGAUCUCUAUGAAACACUGACCAUCACUCAGGCUGUGAUCUUCAUCAACACUCGCCGGAAAGUCGAUUGGUUGACGGAGAAAAUGCAUGCAAGAGACUUUACGGUUUCUGCCCUGCAUGGUGACAUGGAGCAAAAAGAGAGAGAUGUCAUCAUGAAAGAGUUUCGUUCUGGUUCCAGCCGAGUCCUCAUCACCACUGACCUGUUGGCAAGAGGCAUUGAUGUGCAACAGGUUUCUUUGGUCAUCAACUAUGAUCUUCCAACCAACAGGGAGAACUAUAUCCACAGAAUUGGACGUGGUGGCCGCUUUGGCAGAAAGGGCGUGGCCAUCAAUAUGGUCACUGAAGAUGACAAGCGCACACUCCGGGACAUUGAGACUUUCUACAAUACUACUGUUGAAGAAAUGCCCAUGAACGUUGCUGAUCUGAUCUAAGACCCCUGCCCUUUCCACUCCUUCCCUCCCUCUCUCCCUUUUUUCCUCUUUGAUUUCCUUUUUGUCUUAUUCCAACCCACACCCUUUGUGCAACCCCCAUCACAAAUCAAGUACUGUCACUUUUUUGAGGACAAGAUUCCUUUUGGACACAUGUCAGUGAACUUCGCUGAUUUCCUCUCAUUGCCCAUUUAAAUAACUUUGCCCCUUUUAAACCGUACCAUCUGCUAGCAAAGAGGAUACUUUACAGGGCUUGUUUGCAUGUUAUAGUGUAGAUGUUGUUGCACUGACUGGCAUAAUGUUUCAGAGACAUGCCUUGCUUUUCAGUGUUGGUUUAAUAUUCGAGAUGUAAAGGUUUAUUUGUUUUUUAACUCUCAUGUGUGGACAAGGCAUAUGAAGUACAGAAUGACUUUGCUUUUAUGUAAAGGACUUUGACUUCAUUUCAAAUGGCAGGUCAUUCGUAAAGGUGUGUAAGUGGAGUAACACAAGAUCUGCCUUGGAUGAACAUGCUUUAGUCCAGUAAGCUUUUGGUUUGCUGGACCACAGAGCUGAUUGUAGACUUGCAAUAUGUGAUCAAGUAAAUUUCUCCCAUUGUCCAAUUCUCCUGUUACAUCUCUUGUAUUGUCCUGCGCGUGUGUGGUUGUAGCAUUUUGAUUUUCAAAAUGGGCUUUACUCUGGUGGGUUAGAUGGUUUAAAGGCAUUACAGAAGUGAAUUGAUGGAAUUUGCCCACCAUAGUACUGCCUUAAAUUUUCUCUGCAUCAAAGUCCUUGAUGAUGUGUUGAGGAGUAUUGCUCCUAAAACCUACCUCAACAAAAUAUGUUGGAGGGGUCUAAAAUGUAAAGGACCAAACUGCAGUAGUAGAGUAUAUAGAUAAUGUCUUUGUAUUGUUCAGAAUGCUUAAUGUCUUUUGUUGGGUGGGUUGGGAUGUGGGCUUUACAUUGGUCAGUGAUAUUUUUUUAAACAAAUUUAUUACAAAUGUGAUAAUUAUUAACCUUUUUGAGACAGAAGCCAUGUAUUAAAUCCUUUUCUACAUUGGACUCUGUAUAGUAUUUAUUUUAAUGGUCUGAAAUAAAGGUAUUUCCCAUUUUUAACAUGCUAAAA